UGACACAGUUUAUGAUUUCAUUUUCACAUGACUUCUGCUACAAUGUAAAACAUACAUGUUUUGAUUAGGUACACCUAUAUUUAAAAGCCAUGGAAGAAAACACAAACGAUCCUCAGAAAGAGAAAGAGGAAUCAACAGGUUACAGUAAAUAUGGAAUCACAGAUGUUCCCAAAACAUCUAUAGCUACGUCGUGGGGGCAGACCAAGACCUUUGCUGGACUGAGUCGUACUGAGUUGACGUUUCUUCUGGUUACAACUGUCAAUAUAUUGACAGCUAUUGGUUUGACACUGUACAGCUUCAUUGAAGUCAUCAAGAAUGACCCGGAGGUUCCCGACUUCACCUUCGCUCUUCUACUUCUGAUCAAUGCAGUGUUCUGCCUGUUUUAUGCGUUCCACGGUGUGCUCCGUGAGAGGAUCUAUGAGCUGUACGUCCUUAUCAUUGCUAUCAUAGUCAUCGUCCUCUACUGUACAGUGGAGUAUGGAGUGAAUGUUAAUGGCAGAAAAACAUUUAAAUUGGUACGCAUGAUACUGACGUGUGUGUUGGCUCCUCCAAACAUCGUCCUAGCGUGGGCAGUGGCUCGUGACUUUGGUUACCUGCAAUUCAGGAUCGUGGGAGCCUCAGAAUUUCUACAGCAUCUUUAUGCCCAAGCUUCAAUAUUUUCCUGUGCAUUGAAAUUUGAUGUUCAAGUAACGGUGAGCAUGGUAGUCCUGGUAUUGAGGAAGGGCACCAGUUUGAACGUCCUAGAACAGGUUGUGCUCGGGGUCGGAAUCCCAUACUCGAUUCUCUGGAAUAUACUCGGCUCUGUUGUGCUGAAGAAAGAAUGGCGAUCAGGAGCAUUUGUGUUCGCCUUCCUUGGACUGGCAAAGCCUUCCUACUAUAUCUACAAAAUAGCCAAUGAGUAUGUGAACAUUGAUGAUAACCUGAAGCAGAGUGAAACCAUUACUUAUGCCGUACUGACUGCAGGUAUUCUGGCCUUACUGGUUUGGCUGAUAAUGAUGGUGGAACUGUAUAUUGUCUGCAAGAAUUUUGGAAAUGGACUUAAAGAGAUUGCAUUUGAAACAGCGGCAACAGAAUCUACCAGUUUGAUCACAGGACGAAAACAGCGACAUCAUAAUCCACUGAUUUGAUCUGUAGCUUGAUGAAGGAGACAUCUGGAAAGAUUGCAUCUGUGAUAGUUACAUCACAAAUGGAUAACCAAAUUUGUGUUUGAAGUAACUUUUUCCUUCAUUUAAUAUUUUUCAUGUUUUGUACUUUCAGAAACCAGAUGUUCAGAUGAUUAUAAGCUUAGUGAAAAUUUAAUGAUUUUAUAUGUGCAAGUUCAUAUUGAACUGUAACCAUGCAGUCAUAUUUACAAGUCACAGCAUUCAUAGUUACAGGUAACAGCAGUCAUAGUUACAAGUUACAGCAGUCAUAGUAAAUUUGGAAUACAUGCAUUUAAUUUGUUCAUGAAGAAAUAUGCAUUUGUUGGGAUUUACUUUAAUCAGGCUUCUAACAACCAGUUGUUUUGAUUUGUCAUCGAUUGUACAAUGUUACCAUACACAUAAUGUAACCAUUUAAAGUGCCAUGCUAUCAUGUGUAGGUUAGGAUAUUUCAGUGAGAUGAUACUCAAAA